AUGAGCAACAUAAUCGAGUCCAAUUGUGAUACUACCCAACUGGACUGUGCACAAAUUAAAAAUAGUCAACCAUGUUCAAAUGAUUCUGAUGAUUGUGUUAAUGGUAUAACGAAGGCUCUCAUAAUUGCUUUGUUUACUAGACCACUGGAUCGAAAGUUUAUUACAGAGUUAGAAAGCAACAUUGUCAAAUUUAUUAAUUCGGACGCCAGAACUGUAAACCUCGAGACAAUGAACUCAUAUCAUAGAUUCUUAUCUUACAAAGUUGCAGAUUAUCAUGAGUUGAAGCAUACUGUGUUGCGAAAAGAUGACACGCCUGCUAUUGUGCUUUACAAAGAUACCAUUGCACCAAUGACAUUGAAACUUCCGUUACUUAAAGAUUUGAAACUCGAAGAUUAUAGUACGGUUCUAAUAUCCUCAACUUUAGAGAAAAUUACACUGAAUGAUCCUGAUGGUUUUAAUAAACAAUUACCAUCGAAAACCACGAUUCUUAAGAAUAAGAAGGUGAAACUUUUGAAAAGAAGUGGCAAGCUUACAUCUAAUUUAGAAAAUGAAAAGGAUAAACCAAGUAUCCCAACUAUUCAGAAGCAAGAAGCAAUGGUAAUCUCUCCAAAUAAUUUAAGUCAGGACUCAAUUGACAGCCUCGAAGAACAACGACUUCGAAAGGAAAAAGAAUACGAAGAAACAAAACUGAAGAUAUUUAAUGAUAAUAAAGAUGUGAAUUACCAUAAUGAAGAUUCUGAGGAUGAUGAUAUAAAUUUGAAAGCAGAAAAUCAAAGUUUUAAAGAAAAAAAGAAUGAGAGGGAUAUUGAAGAGCAUAUAUGGGGCCAAAUAGAGGGUUCCAUACCCAAGAUAAGUGACGAUGAUUCACCGCGAUAUUAUAAACCAAAAUCUACCAAGCAAAAUAAGGAUUUAAAAAAUCCUAGGUACAACAAUUAUAAUUUAAAACAAGAAGAUGGAUAUUCUAAUAUGAUUCCAUCGAACCCUGUUUAUCCAUCUUACCCGGUAUAUGGUGAGUAUCCAACACUUCCAAUGGGGCAGACAUACCAACAAUAUAUACCACAGAUGAGGUUUUCGCCUCCACUCAAUGGUUAUGAUUUUCAAAAAUCUGUUCCAUUUAUGAAUUACCAACCUCAACAAGGAACAGGUUUUUACAAUGGGUAUAAUAUCCCAAUGAAUGGUUACGGAGUUCCAUAUAAUGGUCCUUCAUACAAUGUACCACCACCUGUCUUAAACAAGAACCAACCAAAAGGAAAAAAUUAUAGUAAUGACAAUAGGACUCCGUCAGGAAACGGUUAUCCUAAUAAAUAG